AUGGCUUCCGUCAAAGAUAACACUCUGCUGCACCGACCGCGGCCUUAUCAGCUGGAACUAUACCAGCAAGCCCGUCAGCGCAAUAUUGUGGCCUAUCUGGACACGGGAAGUGGGAAGACGCUGGUGUCUCCGAAGAAGGUGGUCUUUUUGGUUCCCACCGUCCCGCUUGUAGCUCAGCAAGCAGCAAAGAUUAGAGAAAAUACGGACUUUGUAGUUGGCGAGUACUCGCGGGAAGAUAUUGUGUCGGUGGCGUACUGGGACAUUCGUGGAUGGUACUACGAGCUCUCUCAACGGCAGGUGCUUGUGUUUACUCCCCAGAUCUUCCUCAACAUCUUGACGCAUGGCUUCCUUAAGCUGUCGCGGGACGUGAGUCUGCUUAUCAUCGAUGAAUGUCACCACGCCGUAAAGCAGCAUCCUUACAAUCUUAUGAUGAGAGAAUUCUAUCACUCGAUACCAUCGAACGCCGAAAGGCCGAAAGUUUUCGGGAUGACAGCAUCACCGAUAUACCAAAAAACUAUCACUCGAGAUGAAUCAAAAUUCAGACUACAGGAACUGGAAUCGAAUCUCGAUUGCAAAGUCGUCACAGUCACAGACAGGAGCAGCCUGGGAGACUUCAUUCCUCGCGCGUCGGAAACAGUGGUGGAGUACUUGGAGUCGGCGGAUCGCGACUUUACGUACGCAAAUCCGGUGAAUGCAUUAGAGGAAGUGAUGCAAAAUCCGUCCCUGUCGCAGUCGACUCGGUGCUACCACUUUUGGAUGGCACGGCUGACGGAGGAGAUCCAGAAUUCCCGAGAUGACGAUGCGGCGGAUGCUGCCGAUCGAUUGGUCCGAAGCCAGGAUCAGAUUCGGUCGAUGAAGAUCGAGUUGGGACCUUGGCUCGCUGGCAAAGCUGCGCAGGAGCAAAUACGUGCCUUGUCGCAUAGACGGAGAGGGCAGGCAAAUCCAAAGGCACCCACGAAGGCAUCCCACGGUAGCGACGUCCUGGCUGCAGGGAACGAGACAUCGAAAUGGAGGAAUGCUUGCGCCGAAAUGCCAUCUCUAUCGGAAAUCACACAAAAUGAUAUCACGCCAAAGGUGCACACACUCCUUCGGCUUCUAGAAGAACGCGCUCAGAAUGCUACCGAAGGAGCAAGCUUCCGCGCUAUGAUUUUCGUCGAACGGCGGCUAAGCGCCAAAGUUUUGUCAGAAUUUCUGAACCUCGUGGCGACCACUCGCUUUCCAGUAGUCAAAUGCGCAUUCGUCACUGGCCACGGCGCAAGCAAAUCCGGCAAGACGGCCGGUCGUAGCGCGAUGAACGUCACAUACCAAAAGCGGACAUUUGAUCGGUUUCGAAAAGGCGACAUGAACACGUUGGUGGUAACCAGGGUGGCGGAGGAAGGGCUGGACAUUCCGGCCUGUAAACUCAUCAUCGUGUUUGAUAUCUUCCGCUCGCACACGGGGUAUGUGCAGUCCAGAGGCCGCGCCCGUGAUCUGGACGGCUCGGAGUACCUUAUCAUGGUCCAGCGGAACGACAUGCACGCCCUGCGGACCGUUGCGCGGGCCAAAGUGGCGGAAGUGAUGACGCAGGAUAUAGCCCAGGAACUGUCGGGACAGGCGUCGCAGCGGCAGAUCGUAGCGGGCGAGAUCACGAAAACGGAUAUAGAUGAUAAUACCACCGAGCUGCUCCUAGGGGCGUUCGAGACGCCGCUUAGGUCGAAAGCCGGGGCGAUAAUUUCCGCGUCGGGGGCAACGACGUUGCUUCAUCGUUACUGUGCCCUGGGGAGUUUGCAGCGGAAGGAAUUGGCCGCAUUCUAUUCGCUCGAAUUUGACCACCAGACGGGCACUGACAACACGACCGAUGGGCCCAAGUCUCCGUACGGCUACGCAUACGCCUUCCGUUUCCCUGCGUCGACACCCCUAUCAAACGAGGUCGUUUAUGGACCAAUCCGCGGAACCAAAAAGCUGGCCCAGCAAAGUGUUGCAUUGGCAGCCUGCAAGCGUCUAUACGAUGUCGGCGCACUGAACGAGCAUUUGCUGCCCAACCUGCAAUUUAAGAAGAAGCCCGGGGCCUUUUCUCUUCCAGCUCUUUUGCAAAAAUUGGCGGACGAAGAAUUCGGGGAUCUCUAUGUGUGGAUGGUUUUGCUUUCAAGGAUGAUGGCUUUGGCUCCGAACGCGAGUGCGGGAUCUACGGUGGAAAACAACGAGUUGCGAGUUGCGGCAGGGACCGAGGGAUAUGAUAGACUGGGGACAGUGUCAGUACAGGAACAGGGGGCCGCGUCGGUUCUAGAUGACGACGAUAAGGUUUGCGGACUGAAACGCAAACGAGUGGAUGGAGAGGAAUGGGCGAUAUCCAAGCGCCAGGCGGUGGAGAAGGCUUCGGCGUUCGACGUUUUGUUCACCCAACUGCAAAGCUUGGCUUCAAAUUCAGUGGGAAUUGAGAAUGAAACAUUCGAUCAGCGACCGGAGAUUCUCGAAAAGAUCACGACCAUUCUGAAAGAGCUAGUCAUCCACACACCGCAUAGCAACGUCAAGUAUACUAUCGAAGGCAUAAACCUCGACAUGCACCCCACUGCCAAGUUUGAUAAACAGAAGCUGGGUAACACCGUCACUUUCCUCGACUACGUCACGAAGCAAGGCUACACAGUGCGGCACCCUGACACCAGUGGCAUGAUCGAAGCCCGCCAUGCUCCGAACGUGCACAAUUUGCUGCGACCGAGCAAGCGGAUAACGCACGGGUUACCGCCCAAGGAGACUGCGCCUUCGACUCACAAAGUGUUCUUGGUACCGGAGGCGUGCAAGGUGUUGCCGUUCCCGCGAGAUAUAUAUCGCAUGGCGGAUAUCUUUCCCUCCAUUCUGCACAAGCUGGACGUUUAUUGCACGAUUGACGAGUUUCGGAAAAACAUCGGAUUGCCAGUGACGAAUGAGACUCUUUUAGCUGCGUUUUCGUCGCCCUCCGCGCAGGAGAUGAGCAACUAUGAGCGGCUUGAGACGCUCGGUGACUCGUUCCUCAAGUAUGCCGUGUCCAUGGACUUGUUCAAAAGGUUUGCGGAUGCGGACGAAGGGUUUCUGUCUACGCGACGGUCGCGCAUUGUGAGCAAUCGCAAUCUGUUCAAGAUCGCGUUGAAGCAUCGGCUUUUUGCCGUGAUGAACGUUACACCCUUCAACCCACGAUCGUGGGACGGGCACCCGUUCGCUAGUGCGAAAGGGCCGUGGUGGAGACAGAUUAGUCAAAAAAUGCUGGCUGAUUUCCUCGAAGCGCUCAUCGGUGCGUAUUACACGGACUCGGGGAACGAUGUGGCGUUGAUGUUUCUGCACCGAUUUGGUCUCGUUUCCGACGCGACGAAAGCUUCACCGGAAGGCCGUCAACCCUCCCUGUCACAAUACCGGACGGAGACCAUGGACUCUCUCAAGGCCGUUGAGCAGAACUUGAAAUACCGGUUUAACAACCGCAGUUUACUGAUGCAGGCGCUUACGCACGGGUCUGCCGUCGGCGCCGGUUCUUCCGGCUCGUAUCAGCGAUUGGAAUAUCUUGGAGACGCCGUCCUGGACUGGGUGCUGACGCGUUUUUUCUUCAACUCAUACCCGCAUCUCAGCCCGUCCGCGUUGACAGAUUUGCGCCAAGCCGCAGUCAACAAUGAGAGCUUUUCGCGAAUGGCAGCGCUACUCGAGCUGCACAAAUCUUUACGCCAUGAUGCCCCUGGCCUCCACGAAGAGAUUGCGACGUACGUCAAAUAUCUCGGCAGCCUCGAUAAGUCUGCUCACCCCAUCGAAACGGCAAUGGGCGGACCGAAGGUGCUGGGAGAUCUUUUUGAAGCUGUGGCAGGAGCAGUGUUCAUCGACUCUGGAUGCAACCUUGAAGUCAUGUGGACGGUGUUCAAGCCGUUAAUGAUUGACUUUUUGGAGAUCCAUGCCAAUCCGGAUGUGGUAACCAAGAGUCCGAUUCGACAACUGCAAGAAUUCUUCCAGAGGAGGGGCUUUGCAGUAAACGACGUCACUUACAGGUACGAGUCUCGCCUGGGGUCGACGAUUGCAUAG